UGUCCUCCCAUCCCCUCUUCUCUUCAGGUGCCACCUUGUACAAACAUCACUGAUGUGCUCGAGAGGUACUUCCUGUCACCGUCUUAUGGCAUUGAGUUCUGCAUUGGUUUUCCUGGCAACUUUGUGGUUGUACUUGGUUACAUAUUUUGUUUGCAGCAGUGGCAGAGCUGCAACAUUUACCUCUUCAGCCUGGCAGUCUCCGACCUAAUUUUCCUCUGCACACUGCCACGUCUCGCAUACCUCUAUGCAAACAAACAACCAGAGACCAGUCCAUAUGCUUGCAUUAUAAACCGCUAUGUACUGUAUGUAAAUCUUUACACUUCCAUCCUGUUUAUGGUUUUGCUAAGCAUGGACCGCUUCCUGCUCAUAAGAUAUCCAACACGGAACCACUACCUGCUGAGGCCACGAUCAGCCUUGAUCGUAACAGGGCUGAGCUGGCUAGCUGUCAAUGUGGAAGUUGCUCCAAUGAUAUCACUGAUGAUUGAUGACCUCCAGGGUGGAAACUGGAGUCGCUGCAGGGAUUUUGCCAGCUUGGAAGGAAACAUCAAUACAUUGGGCUACAGCCUGGGACUAACCCUGACUGGUUACCUUCUCCCUGUGCUUGGACUUUGUGGUUUCUCCUACCAAAUGGCACAUCUGCUCCGUGUCCAGGAAAGGGCUGUCCAGAACAGGACAACAUCAUACAAGCGGCCUUUGAGGGUUGUUGUAAUGGCUGCAGUCAUUUUUGUGGUUCUCUACACUCCAUUCCAUGUGCUGAGAAAUGUCAGAAUAGCAUCUAAUGAGGCCUGGGCAGGGCUGUGUACAAAGAUGUACAUACAGGGCCUGUACAUUCUGACCAGACCGUGGGCCUUCUUGCACAGUGUCUUCGGCCCUGUCUUCUACUUCUUCAUGGGUGACAAGUUCAGAGAGCUCCUAUUUGCCAAGCUCAGAAAGCUGGGCAGAAUGAAAGAGCAGCAAAGAGGGCAAGACUGAAAACAGUUUACACAUAUCCUUAUGAGACACACAUCAACAUAGUGCAACCAAACACAUGGACCAGCUCUAUCUUUACUUGUAUUUUGUUAAGGUUUUAUGCUUUACUUUAUUUCUGCUGUGUUUUAAUUACCUCCACCAAUGGAGGUUAUGGUUUUGGUUCGGCUUGUCCGUUGUUUGAUGGUUUGUUUGUUUGUCAGCAGGAUUACGUAAAAACUACUGGCACGAUUUUAUGAAACUUGGUGGAAGGGUGUAGCAAAGAAUCCAAAGAAGAACCCAUUUAAUUUUGGAGCGGAGCUGAUGUUCCAAUUUUCUGCUUU